GCCUAUCUCUUCGUGCCCUCUCUUCCCCGUCCCCGUGUCGCACAUUGCUGUCGCCGACUCUCGCCGACGAGCACUCACGUUUCCUGAACAAAAAAGGCAUUGCCGGCAAAGAUCUCGGUCCUCAGCUAGUGAAUCACAUCCUCAGCCUCUUUCCUCCCAACAGUCCUUGCAAGCCGCAGCCGCAUCAGUCAUGACGUACCCCUCGGUUGAGCAGCCUUCUCUCGCCCAGCCGCAGCCCGUCAACUGGCCGUCCGCCGACAUCGCCGCACCCACCACUGCACCGGCAUACGAUGUGCCCCAGACGAUGCCGGCUGUCGUCGGCCAGCCACUGGCGACGGCAGACACAGCCGGAAGGCCCGAGGGCGGUGAUCAGCCGCAGUAUGUGCAGCCGCAGACGGUGCGGCCGCAGUUGGGUGGCUCUCAUGUGAUCAACGUGCCGGAGCCGGUAGUGUACAAUCCGCCACACGAAGAUGAUAAGUCAGGACGGCUCACCUGCUUAAUGGUGAGAUAGAUCGAUGUGGCCAGGAGAGAGAAACGGCCAGCCGUACAUUCUUUCCCCUGUGUUGUGUUGUGUUGUCUGUUGAUCAUUGCAGGUGUCCUGUGUGUUGUCGAUCUUCUGGCCCAUCGGCUGCAUCGCCUUCUGCCUCAACAUGGACGCCAAGGAGGGGUCGGAACGGCGCAAGUGGGCCCGCUACUGCCUCUACACGGCCACCAUCGGCAUGAUCAUCGGGGUCAUCUGGUUUGCCAUGGGUGGAAUGCAAUCCUCUUAUUCCUCUUAUUAACCAUUGACUGACAAGAGCUGUCAAGAGCACAGCUUUAGUCGUUUUCAUUCCUUGUGUAUCGUGCCCACCUGCCUGCUGCGUUGGCUGUCCUCAGUCAGUGAGUGUCAAAGUGUGUCGUCCCCAGCCAGCCAGGUAGCUCGAGCGGCGUGUGUGUGUACGUGUGAGUGUCCAUGUCUGUCUGUCUGUCAGUCCCCCAACCGGGAUCUUCCUGCCGGUUGGAUGGAGAGG